CUUCAGUGUCGUUGGUCGUCUUAUAAACUAGUACCGAACGGCUCCCAUGGUUAUUGUAAAUCCAAACCAUGGCCUCACAAUUAACCAGCAGCCAGCGUGCUUGGACGGCUGUAAAGCGAGGCUCACCGGCGAAAGCCCUUGCAUUACAAGAUGUCCCAAUUCCUAGUAAACUAGUAGAAGGAGAGGUGCUGGUCAAGGUUCAGGCAGCUGCACUUAACCCAGUGGGGUACAAAUUGAUGGGAACGUUGCCCAAUUUCAUUGCUCGCAGGCCAAUCACAGUCGAGCACGAUCUGGCGGGCGUGAUAGUAGACGCCAAUGGAAGCGAGUUUUCUAUUGGCGAUGAAAUAAUUGGCUUUAUUCCAGUUCAAUUGCAGCUCAAAACCAGACAGGGGGCAAUCACAGAGUACACUCGUCUUCCGGCAUCCAAUGUUACUAUCAGACCACCAAAUAUCACUCCUACGGAUGCUUGUGGAAUCCCAUUAGCCGGUGAGACUGCCAUGCAAAGUCUCUUUGACGUCGGGAAAUUAGAACCCGGACAGACUGUCUUCAUUAACGGUGGUAGUUCCUCUGUUGGAGCAUUCGCUAUUCAAAUAGCGAAAGCAAGAGGCUGUAAAGUUGUCGCAAGUGCUUCUGGUAAAAACGAAGACUUCGUGAAGAGUUUAGGUGUUGAUGAUUUUCUGGACUACACCAAGGCUCCCAUCCAUAAACAACUCGAAGAUAACCCACCGUCACCUAAAUACCACCUGAUAGUGGACGCAGUAGGAUUAGUUAAUCCGUCGCUUUAUACCCAUAGCGAAGCGUAUCUUGCCCCGGGGGGCGUAUUCGUUUCGACAGGCCCACUUCCUUCCUUCUCGUGGAAAGGGAUAUCAGAUAUCGUCUCCACUAUUAAUGAAGUCUUCCUCAGACCGUCGUGGCUGGGUGGGACGAAAAGAACCUGGAAACUAGUAAACGUGGUACACAAGAAAGAAGACUUGUAUAGUCUUCGUGACCUUCUAGCAGAUGGGAAAUUAAAGCCUGUCGUUGAUUCUAUAUUUUCAUUUGAAGACACUUUGAAGGCCUAUGAUCGCAUUAAGACUCAACGCGCAAAGGGAAAGGUGGUGAUAAGGGUCGACCCAAAGGCGGAUUAAUCAAUCUCUGAAUCGAAAGUUAUCUUUGUUAGGGUAUCAUUGGCGCAUAUGUACGCUAGCAAAGUGCGUCAGUGGUGACCUUCGCGUCGCGAAUUAGAUCUUGAAGUCCACAAACAACUCGGAAUUGAUGUUUAGUGCAAGUGGAAACUGCUAUUUAUGGGCUCUGAGGCCUGAGGCUCGAGUCUCGAAUAAUGUCACCAUGUGUUGACUGACCUAUCAUCAUGGUUAUUGUUAUCGCCUGUAGAUUCCCUCGAGUCCAGGAGGUGCCCCUAGCAAAAGCCUUUGCUAAUCAACGUUGCACUUCCUACCAUUGAGGGCAAAUCUCUUGCGGAGUUGUUUGCAUUUUCGAGUUCUCAGUUCUAGAGUAACUUUGAGUAUGCAUACU